AUAUGUUCCAGAAAUACGGAUGACAGACUUGAGUGGAGCCUUUGUAUUUAUAGCUGCAGAAGAGAUUCACAACAUCAUUGAUGCAUUGUUAAAUCCGUCAUCUCUCAAGAGAUUGCAGUUUCAUGAGCGAGGGAGGCGAACUGUCAAGCAAACUACAACUUGAGAACGUUUCCAUGGUUGUUAGACAGCUGUUCUUUUAAGCUGUCAAGUCUUCUCUCACCUCUAUUGGCCCUUUGUCCGAACAUCCUGAAACAGAAUUGGACUGGUGAUCUCUCAAUUGUCUGUUUGUAAUGCGACCUAUUGGGGCAAAGAAUGGUCUGUGGGUGGAUCAUAGUUACGAGUGAGACUGAUUACAUAGCACACUUGCAAUAGGUCUAUCCUGCUUUGUGGGUCCAGGGCAGUGUAUCUCACACACCCACUGGCGCUUCUUUCACACGAGGAGUAUUGGGGAGCGUGGAAAGGGAGUGGCACGGCAGCUGAGCAGAGCAGCGGAGGGAGACAGAAUCGAAUACCGUAAACAAGCGGCUCGGCUCUUCAAUUUUACUGGGUAUAAUUUUCGCAUGAUACAGAGCAACGCUUAUUGCUAAACUGCCUUUAAUUUGAUAAUUUUACACCUAAAACGGCCCCUUUAAAAAAAAGCUACUCUGGUGGAAUCCAGCCUCAACCCUUUUCAUCUGCUGUGGAUCCCCGACUGACUGCGCCGAGAUGGGGUAUGGACGGUCAGACAGCUACCGUGUGGCCACCACAACAGAGAAGGAAGAGAAGGAGUCCCCCAAGAAGGCGGACUCCAAGGCGGACAAGAAGACCAAGGACAUGGAUGAACUGAAGAAGGAAGUUCCCUUGACGGAACACAAGAUGUCCAUCGAGGAGGUAUGCCAGAAGUACGCUACUGAUAUAGUCCAGGGUCUGACCAACGCUAAGGCCGCUGAGUACCUGGCUCGAGACGGUCCCAACGCCCUCACACCUCCCCCCACCACCCCCGAGUGGGUCAAGUUCUGUCGUCAGCUGUUCGGUGGCUUCUCCAUCCUGCUGUGGACUGGCGCCAUCCUCUGUUUCUUGGCCUACGCCAUCCAAGCCGCCACCGAGGAUGAGCCCGCCGGAGACAAUUUGUACCUGGGUAUCGUUCUCUCGGCUGUGGUCAUCAUCACCGGCUGUUUCUCCUACUUCCAGGAGGCCAAGAGCUCCAAAAUCAUGGAGUCCUUCAAGAACAUGGUGCCGCAGCAAGCGCUGGUGAUCCGUGAGGGUGAGAAAAUGCAGAUCAACGCUGAGGAGGUGGUGGCUGGAGACCUGGUGGAGGUGAAGGGAGGAGACAGGAUCCCCGCUGACCUCAGGAUCGUCUCUGCUCACGGCUGCAAGGUGGAUAACUCCUCCCUGACAGGCGAAUCAGAACCCCAGAGCAGGUCACCUGACUGUACCCAUGACAACCCCCUGGAGACCCGCAACGUCGCCUUCUUCUCCACCAACUGUGUCGAAGGCACGGCGCGUGGCAUCGUGGUGUGCACCGGUGACCGUACCGUCAUGGGCCGUAUCGCCACCCUCACCUCCGGCCUGGAGUCGGGCAAGACCCCCAUCGCCAAGGAGAUCGAGCACUUCAUUCACCUGAUCACAGGCGUGGCCGUGUUCCUGGGCAUCACCUUCUUCAUCCUGGCCGUCUGCCUGGGCUACACCUGGCUGGAGGCCGUCAUCUUCCUCAUCGGCAUCAUCGUGGCCAACGUGCCCGAGGGCCUGCUGGCUACGGUCACUGUGUGUCUGACCCUGACCGCUAAGCGUAUGGCUCGUAAGAACUGCCUGGUGAAGAACCUUGAGGCUGUGGAGACCCUGGGCUCCACCUCCACCAUCUGCUCUGAUAAGACUGGUACCCUGACCCAGAACAGGAUGACCGUGGCCCACAUGUGGUUCGACAACCAGAUCCACGAGGCCGACACCACAGAGGACCAGUCUGGCGCCUCCUUCGACAAGAGCUCGGAGACGUGGUUGGCGCUGGCGCGGGUGGCUGCCCUGUGUAACCGGGCGCAGUUCAAGGCAGCUCAAGACCAGCUGCCCAUCCUGAAGAGGGACGUGGCGGGCGACGCCUCCGAGUCCGCGCUGCUGAAAUGUAUCGAGUUGUCCUGCGGCAGCGUCAGACAGAUGAGGGAGAAGAACAAGAAGGUGGCCGAGAUCCCCUUCAACUCCACCAACAAGUACCAGCUCUCUGUGCAUGAGACGGAGGAUGAGAACGACAACCGCUACCUGCUGGUGAUGAAGGGAGCGCCAGAGAGGAUCCUGGACCGCUGCUCCACCAUCUUGAUCCAGGGCAAGGAGCAGCCCAUGGAGGAGGAGAUGAAGGAGGCCUUCCAGAACGCCUACAUGGAGCUGGGAGGACUGGGAGAGAGAGUACUCGGUUUCUGCCACCUGUUAAUGCCUGAGGACCAGUACCCCAAGGGCUUUGCCUUUGACUGUGACGAUGUCAACUUCACCACAGAGAACCUGUGCUUCGUGGGCCUCAUGUCCAUGAUUGACCCUCCUCGUGCCGCCGUGCCUGACGCCGUGGGUAAAUGUCGCUCCGCUGGCAUCAAAGUCAUCAUGGUGACCGGCGAUCAUCCAAUCACAGCCAAGGCUAUCGCUAAGGGCGUGGGCAUCAUCUCCGAGGGCAACGAGACAGUGGAGGACAUCGCCUCCCGUCUCAAUAUCCCCGUCAGCCAGGUCAACCCCAGGGAUGCCAAGGCGUGUGUGAUCCACGGAACAGACCUGAAGGAUCUGUCUCAGGAUCAGAUGGAUGAGAUCCUGAGGAACCACACUGAGAUUGUGUUCGCCAGGACCUCCCCCCAGCAGAAACUCAUCAUCGUGGAGGGUUGCCAGAGACAGGGUGCCAUUGUGGCUGUGACUGGUGAUGGUGUGAAUGACUCUCCCGCCCUGAAGAAGGCUGACAUCGGCGUCGCCAUGGGGAUCUCCGGCUCAGACGUGUCCAAACAAGCCGCUGACAUGAUCCUGCUGGACGACAACUUUGCCUCAAUCGUCACCGGAGUGGAAGAGGGCCGUCUGAUCUUUGACAACCUGAAGAAGUCCAUUGCCUACACCCUGACCAGUAACAUCCCUGAGAUCACCCCCUUCCUCUUCUUCAUCCUGGUCAACAUCCCACUCCCCUUAGGGACCAUCACCAUCCUCUGUAUCGACCUGGGAACCGACAUGGUGCCAGCGAUCUCUCUGGCCUACGAGGCAGCAGAGAGUGACAUCAUGAAGAGACAGCCCAGGAACCCAGCCAGGGACAAACUGGUUAACGAGAGGCUGAUCAGUAUCGCCUACGGACAGAUUGGGAUGAUCCAGGCUCUGGGAGGGUUCUUCUCCUAUUUUGUGAUCCUGGCGGAGAACGGUUUCCUUCCCUCUUUAUUGGUGGGCAUCAGGCUAAACUGGGACGACCGUUCGAACAACGACCUAGAGGACAGCUACGGACAGCAAUGGACCUAUGAACAGAGGAAGAUAGUGGAGUACACCUGUCACACAGCCUUCUUCGUCAGUAUUGUGGUGGUACAGUGGGCUGAUGUCAUCAUCUGCAAGACCAGGCGCAACUCUGUCUUCCAGCAGGGCAUGAGGAAUAAGAUCCUGAUAUUUGGGCUGUUUGAGGAGACCGCUCUGGCUGCCUUCCUGUCCUACACCCCAGGCAUGGACGUGGCUCUCAGGAUGUACCCCCUCAAGCCCAGCUGGUGGUUCUGUGCGUUCCCGUACAGUUUCCUCAUCUUCGUUUACGAUGAGAUCCGAAAACUCAUCCUGCGUCGGAACCCCGGAGGCUGGGUGGAAAAAGAGACAUACUAUUAAAUGAUCAAACCAUUCUUCUCUCCCCCUUCCUCCCCUAAAAUGCAUUCCCCUCUUCCUCUCCUCCCUACCCAUCCCUCUAAUCACAUACCAACCACACGAGAAACCACAUCUGAAAACUCCUCCGUUCCCCAUCCUGUAUGUUCCUCCAACAUCGCCUUGAGGAACAAAGAACCAACUACAGAGAAGGAGAGGAACGGGAUGAUCACGCCAAAUCCCUGCGCCCCUCUCUGUCUCGCUGACUUUUUUUUCUACCCAAAGACCACAGCAUAGUCAAUACUGUCAAUACUGUUUACUAUACUGUUAUAAUAACACUGUUCAUAAAUGUGCUAAUACACUAAUGUACAAAAUGCCGGUGUAACUCGUCUCUAUCAAUAACAAAAUGGCGGCUGCAUCUAGAUCCCACGGUGAGCGCUGUGGCGUCGUUGUCACCCGUUCUACCCUGACGUCCCCUCUUGACACUCUCACUCCUUCCACCAAUCUUCGACUUAACGUUCCCCUGCCGCCACUCCCGUAAACGUGGAACACUCCCUCCCUCUACAGGGGGAAAAAAUGUCCCUCCUCCUUCCUGUUCCCCUCCCCUCCCUCUUCCUCCUGUUUUGCCAAUGUUGUUGUCUAAUAUUAGAAGACUUGAGUGUUUUAUUUUUAAACAAUAGUUCCUAACAUUUCUGGUGUUUCUUUUUCUUUAAUGCUAGCAGCGGCUCUGAGAGCUACUUGUCUGUGAGAACUGUGCGACCUCCCCUGUCCUUGUAAACUUCCCCCCCUCACUCCCCCCAACUCACCCCUGUUGGAAAAAAUAUAACAUUCUUUCUGUGUCCUAGGAGAAAGAAAUUUCUCUCCAAUUUCAUUAUUUAAAUAAGUGAAAAAUGGAAUUAAGCACUGUACCGUACAUGCAAAACAGCAGCAAAACAAUUUAUAAAAAACAAGGAUCCCCCCCCUUGUUUUUCAGUUUGGUCGCAGUUAGUUGUUUAGUAUGUGGGGUUUGGCAGAGAAAGACAAGACUGUAAAUACAAUACUGUAAAUACA